GAUUUGGAUUUUAAAAAAAAUCAAUGAAUCUAGGGAGUUACUAGACUAAGUAUAUAUCAAUAAGAAUUAUAGUUAAUUAUUUGCAGAAACAAAUGAUCAUAUUUUAAUGAACAUAUGUAAUCGAAAUGGGAUGUACUUCUUUCAAAAGUGGCGUUAAUGCGAUGAUAAAAGGCAAAGUUGGUACAAUACACACCACAGAUAUUCCACAAUUAACAGACAUGGAUAAAGCUGUGAUUCAAAAUAACUGGCAAGGAUUGAAAUUACACAUUGCAAACAUUGGAGUUUUAACAUACGUUAGUAUGUUCAAAAGCAACCCGGAAUUGAUCAGAACGUUUUCAACAUUCGAAGGCAAAGAUGUUAACAAAUUACAGGAAUCGGGGUUGCUACAACAGCAUGCAGUGAGGGUCAUGUCAACUAUAGAUAAAUGCAUCAUACAUAUCAACGACCCAUCAAGUAUGGAAUAUAUUCUACAAGAAGUUGGUGAACAUCAUAAUAUGUACAAUGUACGCUCUAAUGAUAUUCAGAUAAUAUUACCUCAUUUUCUAACUGCAAUGAAGCCGUACAGUCAGGAUCCAUGGUGUGAGGAACUACAAGAUGUGUGGACGCGUUUUCUGUCUUUGAUUGUCUAUCAUAUAAAGAAGGCUAUGCAACAAAAUGACGUUGACAACAGUGUCGAAUUUGAUGAGGAUAAGAAUGUUGAUACAAAAGAACAAAUAAAAAAUAGAUAACAUUUGACUUUUACAAGUGUUUUGAAAAUAAGUAAAUGAAUUUAUUUGUUACAUUUAAAAUUGCAGUGACAAAUCGACAAAGAAUGAAAUUCAGCAAAAAUUUAUAUCGUUUAUAUGCAAUUUCUAAUCAUAUGGUUUAUGUCUUAUAGUUUAUAUACAUUUUGUGGGAUAAGUGUUUAACAAGUGAUAUUAAUUGGACACUUGAUUGACUAAAUAGAAAAGGUUGUGGAUUUUUUAUAACUUCUAAGUGCCUCUUAAAUAAACAUAAGUGAGGGAAAUUUUGUUUUUUCAAACUGUUAUAAGAUAAAGGGACAUGAGAAGUAGAGUAAGCAGAAACACAAUCAAUCAUUUUGUGCUUACAAAAGAGUAUAUUUUAAAAAUUGAAUAUAGCAUAAAGUCAAUGUUAAAUCAAAUGAACGUAUAUAUUAAACGUUAUAUAAAAUCAUGUUACCAAUAUAUACUACUCAAUUCUUGCUAAGCACUAUAUGUUCGAGUGUGUAAUGGAUUAGUCAACCCGGAUUCAUGGCAGUUGACUAUCUCCAAACUUUGCUGAAUCACAGUUUUCAAAAAUUGGAAAGAAAUCUGUUGUGGUAAUAUAAAAUUUAAAUAAAAAAUAACUAAUGGUGUAUAGCAAAUGUUGAGUAGUAUAGUUACUGUUGUGUACUUUUAAAAAGCUGGUGUAUUGUUAAUACACAGCUAUUAUAUAACAUAUUCUAGUAAAUGUUGAAGAAAUAUUAUGUUUAUCUUUACAGUCAAUUUUUUUUAUUUUGAGAUAAAUGCUUUCCUGGAAUAACAUUAGUUACAAAAGUCUCGUAAAUAACAUGAAACCGUCAUUCUCAGUAUUAUAUUUAUUUAGUGCUUUCCAAACAUUUAUGUGCAACUGUCUCAUGUUCUAUCGGAAUAUAAUUACAAUUGUCAAUCAAGUUGUCAUAUUGAUCAUGAACUGUAUUACUGGAAGAAACAGCCUAUUGGUUUGAUAAACCUCUAAUCUGUAUACAAUCAGAUAACUCAUGUAUGUCUCUAUGUGCUCUGAUAGGGAACACAGUAAAUC